AUGGUGCAGCCGGUGUUCGACGCGGCGGUGCUGAGCGGCCGGGCGGACAUCCCGUCGCAGUUCAUCUGGCCCGAGGGCGAGAGCCCGACCCCGGACGCCGCCGAGGAGCUGCACGUCCCGCUCAUCGACAUCGGCGGCAUGCUCUCCGGCGACCCCCGCGCGACCGCCGAGGUGACGCGCCUCGUGGGCGAGGCCUGCGAGCGGCACGGCUUCUUCCAGGUCGUCAACCACGGCAUCGACGCCGAGCUGCUGGCGGACGCGCACCGCUGCGUGGACGCCUUCUUCACCAUGCCCCUCCCGGAGAAGCAGCGCGCGCUGCGCCGCCCCGGCGAGUCCUGCGGCUACGCCAGCAGCUUCACCGGCCGGUUCGCCUCCAAGCUGCCCUGGAAGGAGACGCUGUCCUUCCGCUCCUGCCCCUCCGACCCCGCCCUCGUCGUCGACUACAUCGUCGCCACCCUCGGCGAGGACCACCGCCGCCUCGGGGAGGUGUACGCCCGGUACUGCUCGGAGAUGAGCCGGCUGUCCCUGGAGAUCAUGGAGGUGCUCGGGGAGAGCCUGGGCGUCGGCCGCGCACACUACCGGCGCUUCUUCGAGGGCAACGACUCCAUCAUGCGCCUCAACUACUACCCGCCGUGCCAGCGGCCGAUGGAGACGCUGGGGACGGGCCCGCAUUGCGACCCGACGUCGCUGACCAUCCUCCACCAGGACAACGUCGGCGGGCUGCAGGUGCACACGGAGGGCCGGUGGCGUUCCAUCCGGCCGCGGGCCGACGCCUUCGUCGUCAACAUCGGCGACACCUUCAUGGCGCUCUCAAACGGGCGGUACAAGAGUUGUCUCCACCGCGCUGUCGUGAACAGCAAGGUCCCGAGGAAGUCGCUGGCCUUCUUCCUGUGCCCGGAGAUGGACAAGGUGGUGGCGCCGCCGGGGACGCUGGUGGACGCCGCCAACCCGCGCGCCUACCCGGACUUCACGUGGCGGUCGCUGCUCGACUUCACGCAGAAGCACUACCGCGCCGACAUGAAGACCCUCGAGGUCUUCUCCUCCUGGAUCGUCCAGCAGCAGCAGGGCCAGCUCGCCCUCCAGCCCCAGCCCGCCAGGACAUGA